UGACUCAUCUUGAACAUGUCAUUGUAACAGACUGGACUGGUUUUUGUUGAUCUCAUUUUCACUGUUAAUUUCCAUCACAAUGUCGGGCAUGUGUGGAGGCCUUUCCGCGUCGAAGCCUGCUGACGAAGAAAUUCAGAAGCUAUGCGACAGCGUAAAAUCCCUUGCAGAGGCAAAAUCCGGGAAAAACUAUGGUGUCUUUAACGCCAUAAGCUACACGUCGCAGAUUGUGGCCGGGACCAACUACUUCGUAAAGGUCAACAUUGGAGGAGAUGGUUAUAUUCACCUUCGUAUUUACAAAAAACUCCCAUGUUAUGGGGGGGAUCUUGAAUUGACGGCUAUUCAAGAACCCAAGACCCUGCAUGACCCUAUUGUGUACUUCUAAUGGGAACACAGAACUAUACAGUGAUUCAUCAGUGCCUACAGGCUGUAGUCUCAUUAUAAUCAUUUAAUUUCAGAAUUUCCCUGCUUCAUGUCAUAAAACCAUGCUCAUAUGUGCUAACAUGUAAUAACACUAUAUGUAUGUCAUAAUAGAAGCAUGCCAUUGUGGAACUAUUUUGUACAAGGAGAAUUUAAAAAUAAAGCUGAUUUUUUUGA